AUGGAGCGCCUCAAACAGGAUCCGCUGCACGGCCAGGACUCCCCCCGAAGCUGGAUCAUUCUGGGAUUCUGCUGUUGGGCAAUCUUUAUGGCUACGCUCACUUCCCAGUGCAUGGGCGUGAUCUACAUCGGAAUCCUCCAGAGGUUCGACGUCACGCACGAGGAGGCUUCCUGGCCACUCAGUCUGCGAGCAACCUUGGCUGCUAUGUCGGCCCCGGCCUUCGGCUUCUUGUGCGAGCUGGUGUCGUGGAAAAUCCUCCUGGUGACCUCUACAUUGUUGACGUCUUCUGGGAUCAUGGCCUGUUACUUCUGCACGAGUGUGUCCCUAGUUAUUUUUUUCUAUGGCGUUGUUCACGGUGGCACUGUAUGCGGAAUUUUUAUCAUCGUGGAUGUCCUGUGCUGCCAAUGCUUCGUGAAGUGGCGAACCACUGCCUGCUCCCUGUCCUGGGCCCUCUGGUCCCUGGGAACUUACUUUACCCCUCAGCUGGCGAACUAUGUCCUCAACGAAUACGGCGCGCCCGAAAUGUUCCUAUUCAUUGGGGCCCUCACACUGAACGUUUUGCCUUGUGCCUUCGUCCUCAAACGUCCGCCUUGGAUGAAUCGCCAAGCAUUUUUCAAAGCAGGUGGUGAUUGUGAGAAGCUGGGAGAAGGAUCGCUUGAGGCGGUGUCAACAACAAAAUUCAAUGAAAGUAUAAACCUAAAAAACUACAAACUACUCAACGUCGAAGAAGCCCUAAUCAACGAGCAGGAGAUAAGAAAUUGCCCGGACAUCGUACCGUCUCCCAGAGAAAAAAAUAUAAUAGAUCCUUCGGGGCGAGACUUAUAUCCCAAAGAUACGCAAAUGACUGCAGCUUCCACUAGCUCUAGCGUCUUCUUCAAAGGCGUAUUAAGUGUGUUUCUCUCGCCCAUAUUUCACAUAGACGCAAUUGGCUGGACACUUAUCGACUACACAAAUAGCGCUUUCAUUUUAGUGCACAUCGACAUGGCUCGAGACAGAGGCAUAGACGGGAGCCAAGCAGUGUAUCUCCUUCACGCUUAUUCUUCUACGAGCUUCCUCAUGCGCCUUCUCGGAGCUCACAUCGUGGACAGGGGUUAUCUGACACUACGGUCCGCCUUUCUGUUGAGUUUUCUGGGUACCUCUCUUGCGUGUAUCUUCAUGGCCUUUUCUAGAAAGUUGGCCUUCCUCCUACUGUGUUCCCUGCUCUUGGGCCUCAAUCAAGGCUUUGUAAUCGCUGUGCCAUCCCCAAUGCUGGUAAAAGACUUCCCGGACCAGCCUAUUCCUAUCAUGCUUGGUGGUGUACUCUUCAUUGACGGCCUGGCGAUGACGACUUUGCCUUCACUUGUUGGUUAUUUUCGAGACAACAGUGGAAUCUACGACGGUCUCUUUUAUACCCUGUCGGCUGCAAGUUUGUUCGUAGCCAUUCUCUGGACACUAAAACCAUUACUUAAACGAAGACAGCUCGGGCUCCUCUGUCACCAACGCGUUUAG